AUGUCACUCUUCCCCUUUCGGGAAGAGCGGCACAUUGACCAGCUGUACGAGACGGAUGACAUAUACGACUUUAUUGGCCGUGGGACGUUUGCGUCAGUCUUCAAAGCGGUGAGUCUCGUUGACGGCAAGAAGGUGCAAAAGGGGGAUGCCGUCGCUCUCAAGGUGUUCAGCAAACGCGACCUCACCUCAGAAAAGAUGCGCCUCGACGUCAUAAACGAGGUGGAGGUGCUGGGGCGCAUUAGCCACAGCAACUGCCUGCAACUCCUCGACUGUUUCCACACGCCGCUGCACGUCGUCAUUGUGAUGAACUGCGUCGACGGCAGUGAGCUUUUCAAGGCCUUGCGGGACACUGUCUUCUCGGUACCGCAGGUGCGGUCGGUGGUACAGCAGCUGCUAUGCGCGCUCGCGUACCUCCACAACGACGUCGGCGUCGUUCACCGGGACGUGAAGCCGGAAAACAUUUUAGUGACGCCCAUCGACGGCGGUGACUUCCACGUGACGCUCGUCGAUUUCGGCCUUGCGCGAGCGUUUCCGCGGCAUGGCGGUGCACGUGCGCGGCUUGGUGGCGCCCGCUUUUCGCUGCACGGCCCGCCCAAGUCGGCAUCGGGCGAGUCGCUCGACUCGCACUGCGACAGUCCCCUUAUUGCGACGCCCUGCGGCACGCUCAACUACGCGGCGCCGGAGACGGUGAAGAGUCUCACGCAGAGCGGACAGCUCGCUACCACGCCGGACCUGCUAUCUCGCAUGGACGUCUACGCAGUGGGUGCCAUCUUGUACGUGAUGCUGGGAGGCAAAUUGCCGUUCCGCCAUUCUGGUAAUAAGAUGCAACUGGUGAAGGAGAUGGAGGACGGUCCGCUCUUUGCCGAAACACAAUGGAGCGGUGUCCCAGAGGAGGCGGUUGAACUUACGAAGGCGCUCCUGCAGUUUGACCCGACUAAGCGGCCGCGCGCGCAAGAGGCGCUUCAGUUCGCUUGGUUUCGCACAAGCGAUGACGGAAGUCAUGUCGAUAGCACCUUUGGUAAAGAGACGUGGCCACUGCCAAUGCGCGAGCUCGUUGGGGACCGCGAGUACAUAAAACGGGCGUUUGACGCCAUGAAGCCACCGGAGAGUACUCUCUACGACGGCAAUGGCGCCCCCGUCGGUGGGCGUUGUAUUAGUGUCCCAUUCGGUGCGUCGCGCUCCUCCGUAACAUCGUACUUUGGCUUCUGUCCGUAG